GAUAUUUAAUAUUUUAUGUUGUAGUUAACACUGUAAAAGUGAUAAGUAAAAUAAUUUUUGUUGGUGUAACUUAAUGUAACCAGACUGAUUUAGUCAUUGAAUCAUUUCUCUGACCAAUAUUUGGUUAGGUUACGAAACAUCUUAUGAUGUAUUUGUGCUGUUUGUGAAUUCAUGAUCUCAGCGAUUAACUUCAGAAUAUCCGAAUAUGGUAAUUAAGAACCCCGGUCAAUCACAUGACCUUGAACGUUAUGGAUUGCGUGUUUUGUUUCUUGGAGAUGAAAACAGCGCUGUGUGUUUGUGAGUAUAAAAUUACAUUUUGAAUUCGAGUGCUGUCAGAGAGAUGUUUGCCUAAGGUGUCUCUGGAACGGUGAAUGAAAGGAACGGCUGAAUAUGAGCUCUGUUAUGUUGGGUUGCUCCUCUGGAAAUGAGUCAUAUCUGUUUGUUUUGCUAUUGUUAUGAAUGUUUGUGUGUGUGUGUGUGUGUGUGUGUGUGCGUGUCUGUGUGCUUUACACACUGUUUUAUGCUGUUAGUGAAGAAAAUACUCUAAAAUCCUAAAGAGAGCUCAUUAUGCAGUGUUAAAUUCAGUAAAAUUAAGUCUUUAACACCAACAUAUUGCAUUGGACAAGUGUUGCUUCAUAAACACUACAACCGGCUGCUAAAUGAUAUUGGGAUAAACAUGACCAGUUUCUUCACAUUAGAAACAUUCACAACGCCUCAGAACUCACAUUGACUCGAAUGCCUUUUAUUGUUUGAAUUUGCAUGCCCUGACAUCGAGGAGAGAAAAACUGUCUUAUUCUGUUUCAACAGACCCCAUUAGAAUCUAUUGUGGAUGGAAAGAUCUAUAGAAAGACAGACAAAUGGAUAGUGGUAUAGACAGAGACAUACAUGGAUAAAUACUGUUGAAAGGUAGAUAAACUGUAUAAGGUAGGUAGACUGAUAGAUGGAACAAAGGAUGGAUAGACAGAAAGACAUAGGGAAGUAGAGAGUUAGAUGUAUAUAUAUAUAAAUAGCUAGGUAGACUGAUGAAUGGAUGAAUAGAUAGAGAGAGAUGUAUAGUCAGAAAGACGUAUAGUGACUAGAUAUAUUAACAGACAUAGAAAAUUAGAUAAACACAGGUGGAAAUAUAUAUAUAAAUAUAGAAAAUAUAGAAAGAUCUUGUUAAUCAGUAAAACUGGGGGAAAAGUUUAUUUUCUUUCUUUGUUAUAAAUGGCUUUUCACUUUUAUUCUUGUAAUGUUCUGCGCACACAAUAGUUAGGGUGUUUGUUCGCCCACCUCUUUCUAUCUCCCUCUGAAUGGCAUUCUGGCCUGCAAUUAAGGUGAAGCCUCUAAACCUUAAUGAAGCACCAUUUUGCCGCUUACUUAUCUUCAUUUGUUGGCGGCUGAUGGGCCGUUUGCCAUAGGAAGCCUCUGAUAUCUGUCCAAGAGCGUCUCGCAGGGGAUUGGUUCGCUCCGUCUCCCCGUCUGCUGGAGAGGAAGAGAUUAAUCACUGUCUCCUCUCUCUGGCUCUCCUGAGUGUCUGCGUGGCGUUCCCGUCUGAAGCGUGAACGAACGGAGACGCAGAGCUGAUGUGAGGGGAAUCCAGAGUCUCUCUGACCUCCAACAACUUCAGACAAGCUUGUUUUAUAGAACUGAGAGAAUAUGUGGUGAUGAAGGAGAUUCCUACUUCAUGUGAAAGGGCUGGACAGAGACGAGCCCUUCCCUGAUCAGCACACAUGAACAAUGUACAGAGGGAGAGGAAAACGCUCAUAGAAAUUCGUCAUAACUCUUUAAUACAUUACUACGCCAUCUCUGUGUGUGAGGCUUACAGAUAGUUUGAGCGUUGAGAUUGCUUCUCAGAAUCUAGCAGAAUGACAGAAGCCCAGGAUGUGUUAAAAACCAUCCAGAGAAAACCCGGCCUGCAGAUCUGGACCAUCAGUAAAAUGAAAAUGGUCCCAGUCCCAGAGCAGGCAUAUGGAAAUUUCUUUGAAGGUGACUGCUACAUUAUUCUUAAUGUGAGCAACAGCACCACACAAUCUACUGACAUCCACUACUGGAUAGGCAACACAUCGUCCCAGGACGAGCAGGGAGCGGCAGCCAUCUAUGUGACCCAGCUGGACAAGUAUCUCGGCGGCAGUCCGGUUCAAUACCGGGAGGUCCAGGGAUGUGAAUCAGCUAAAUUCAAAAGCUACUUCAAGAAUGGCCUCAUAUAUAAAAAAGGCGGUGCGGGAUCGGGAUUCACACAUGUGGAGACCAACAUGUUUAACAUUCAGCGCCUGCUCCACGUCAAAGGAACGAAGCAUGUGACUGCAAGAGAGGUAGAGGUUUCCUGGAGCAGUUUUAAUUUAGGGGACAUAUUCCUGCUGGACUUGGGAAAAGCAAUAAUUCAAUGGAAUGGUCCUCAAAGCAACAAACAAGAAAAAAUAAAGGCCGUUCUGCUGGCUCAGGACAUCAGGGACCGAGAGCGUGGAGGCCGGGCUCAGAUUGGUGUGAUCGAGGGUGGGCAGGAGGAAGCCUCUCCUGAGCUCAUGAAGAUCAUGAUAUCUGUUUUGGGUCACAGGACUGGACACCUGAAAGAGUCAAUCCCUGAUGACAAACCAGACCAAAACCAGACCUCCAUCGUCAAACUCUACCAUGUGUCUGAUGCCAGUGGUCAGCUAAUGGUACAGGAAGUGGCUACCAGUCCACUGACCCAAGAUUUGCUGAAAUCCUCGGAUUGCUAUAUUUUAGAUCAAGGUGGCAGCUCGAUAAUGGUCUGGAAAGGAAAGGGAGCAUCAGAUGAAGAGAGACGUUCGGCACUGGGUCGCUCGGUUGGCUUUAUUAAAGCAAAGAACUACCCGUCCAACACUAAAGUGGAGGUUAUGAGUGAAGGAGGAGAGUCUGCCAUGUUUAAACAUCUCUUCAAGUCCUGGAAAGAUAAAGGUCAAACUCAAGGACUGGGAAAGACCCACUCCGUCGGAAAGAUAGCUAAAGUGGAUCAGGUGAAGUUUGACGUCAUGGAGCUUCACGCUCAGCCAAAGCUGGCUGCUCAGGAGCGGAUGGUGGACGACGGCUCGGGACAUAUUCAGGUUUGGCGCAUUGAGAAUCUUGAACUGAAGGAGGUGAACCCAAGCACAUUUGGACAGUUCUAUGGAGGAGACUGUUACCUGGUACUGUACACCUACAACAGAGCCAACAAACCACAGUACAUCCUCUACAUGUGGCAGGGUCGCCAUGCUACACAGGAUGAGGUGACGGCAUGCGCUUAUCAGGCGGUGAAUUUGGAUAACAAAUACAAUGGAGCCCCAACACAGGUCAGGGUGGUCAUGGGAAAAGAGCCCAGACACUUCCUGGCCAUCUUUAAGGGCAGGCUCAUCAUUUUUGAGGGUGGGACAGGUAGACCGGGUGUUGUGAACCCUGAUCCUGGUGCCAGACUCUUCCAGGUCAGAGGGACACAUGAGAUGAACACCAAAGCAACAGAGGUGCCCGCCAGAGCCUCCUCUCUCAACAUCAAUGAUGUCUUUCUCCUCAAAACCCAUCAGAACAUCUUCCUGUGGUAUGGCAAGGGCUGCAGCGGAGACGAGAGGGAGAUGGGGAAAGCUGUAGCUGAUUUGCUUUCUGAGCAGGACAAGCAGAUUGUGAUGGAAGGACAGGAACCAGCUGCCUUCUGGGUGGCUUUGGGAGGGAAAGCUCCAUAUGCCAGUGACAAGAGGCUGGAGAAAGAAGUGGCACUUCACGAACCUCGUCUGUUUGAAUGCUCCAAUCAGACGGGCCGAUUCCUUAUGACAGAGGUGGCUGACUUCACUCAGGAUGACCUGGAUGAGGAUGAUGUCAUGCUUCUAGACACCUGGGAAGAGAUUUUCCUUUGGAUUGGGAACUCAGCCAACCAGUACGAGACUCAGGAGUCUUAUAGCAGUGCAGUGGAAUAUCUUAAAACCCACCCAGCCGGACGGGACCCUGGGACACCGAUCACCACUGUUAAACAAGGCCAUGAGCCGCCCACCUUCACCGGCUGGUUUAAUGCCUGGGAUGCUCAUAAGUGGAGCGGAGGCCUUUCAUACGAGGAGAUGAAAAGCAAGAUGGGUGAUAUUUCGCAAAUCACUGUGAAUCUCAACAACACAAACCUGAAUAAGAAGACAGGAGGAAGUGGAGCGAGCUACAGCGCUCCUGGAGGCCCAGGAAAUAUAAAGUCCCAUAGUCAGAGGAUGUCCUCCUCCAACUCCAGUACAUAUGUAGAUCAGUCUCUCAGCAGAGCAAAGCCUUCUGGGAUGCUACAUUCUGAGCAGCUGCUGAAAUCACCUAAUCAGCUGCCUCAAGGAGUGGACCCUGGAAAACGAGAGGAAUAUCUGAGUGAUGCAGAAUUUGAGAAUCUCUUCGGCUGCACCCGUGAAAACUUCCAGCGGCUGCCUAAAUGGCGUCAGAACGACCUUAAGAAGAAAGCAGGACUGUUUUGAGUUGAUUUUGUUAUAAUGAGAUAUAGUCUAAUCUUCAGACCUGAUUAUUAUGUGUCUUUUGGGUUAGAAGGUAGUCACCUAUGCGAUGUUAUAGAGUUGUUUAAUUAUCAAAAAGCUAAUAUGACGUAAUACAAAUGCUUUGUAAAUAUCUUACAUAGAACAUCAAAAUAUACCAUCAAAAUGAUUAUAUCAGUCACAUAGAACAUGUCUACAUGCUUUUUAGUCCUAAUAAAAGACAAUGUAAGCCAAGAAA